UUGGCGCGCACGCGCCUGAGCGCGCGCCCGGAGGGGCGGGCCGGGACUCGCCGCUCGCACGCCCUUGGGCCGGCGCCGGGCGCCCGCUCUCCGUUCCGCCGCCGACGCGCGCCGUCAGUCGAGCCGGUGUAUGUGCGGCAAUAACAUGUCUGCCCCGCUUCCCGCCAUCGUGCCCGCCGCCCGGAAAGCCACCGCUGCGGUGAUUUUCCUUCACGGCUUGGGAGAUACAGGGCAUGGAUGGGCAGAAGCCUUCGCGGGUAUCAGAAGUUCACAUAUCAAAUAUAUCUGCCCGCAUGCACCAGUUAUGCCUGUGACAUUGAACAUGAACAUGGCUAUGCCUUCCUGGUUCGAUAUUAUUGGGCUUUCACCAGAAUCACAGGAGGAUGAACCUGGAAUUAAACAGGCGGCAGAAAAUGUAAAAGCUUUGAUAGAGCAAGAGAUGAAGAAUGGCAUUCCUUCUAACAGAAUUAUUUUGGGAGGAUUUUCUCAGGGAGGAGCUUUAUCUUUAUACACUGCUCUUACCACACAGCAGAAACUGGCAGGAGUCACUGCCCUCAGUUGCUGGCUUCCACUACGGGCUUCAUUUCCACAGGGUCCUAUCAGUGGCGUUAAUAGAGAUAUUGCUAUUCUUCAGUGCCAUGGAGAUUGCGACCCUUUAGUUCCCCUAAUGAUUGCUUCUCUUACUUCUGAAAAGCUAAAAAUGUUAGUAAACCCAGCCAAUGUAACCUUCAAAACCUACCAAGGCAUGAUGCACAGCUCAUGUCAGCAGGAAAUGAUGGAUAUCAAGCAAUUCAUUGAUAAACUUCUACCUCCAAUUGAUUGACGUCACUAAGAGGCCUUGUGUCGAAGUACACACCAGCAUCGUUGUAGUAGUGUAGAAACCUUUUCCUGUGCCCAAUCUUGAAACUUCGGAAGUUUGCAGUGUUAAAAUGUUU